GGUCCCCCAUCUGAUGCUGUUCUUCUCAAACCCUCCUGCUUUAUAUCACAAACUUGUGUUUAGUUCUUGUGUACUGUUUGUCUUUUGAAUAAAUGAAAUGCCUCAAACAUAUAUAGCUGAGAGCUGGCUUGGUGUGGUUGGUUCAAUAAAUAGUAUACUCAAAUAUAAGAAAUACAAGAACUUGCAUGAAUACAGAGAAUUCCCUGUUAGUUCGCUGUCUCCUUUCAUGAAUUCUCCUAAUCUAUAUCGCUUUACAGUUUUUUCUUUUCCAGUUGACAAUCUCAAGAACUUCAUUUAUUACAUAGCGCACAAAUAUGAUUAUUAUGCUCGUUACAUGAGAACCAAAAAUGAGCAUAUGAAAUUAGCAAAACAAGAAAAAGACCAGAGAGCCGAGUCAGCAAUUCCGUGACCGUUUAAGUAGAAAUGUAUAACGGUAAAUUAUACCACACAUUAUUUUUUCUUGAUUUCAUUAUCUUUCAACCAAAGUCUUUGUUUUUUUUGUUCAAAACCAAAGUCUUUGUUAACUUGUAUUUCUUUUGGUAAAUGGGUCUUAGAGAGACAUAUAUCACACCUUUAUUAUGAAUGUUCUCUGCAAAGACCUUGAAUUUUCUUAUCAUGCAGUUAUAAGUAAACGAUAGCGAUCACUCACUUAACGUAUGGCAUGGUUUUAAAGGGUUGUCGUUAACAGAGACUUGAAAUUUCGUAAUUGUACAGAGUCUUUUUAUCUAUAACGGUGAAGGCAUUUUCUUUGAACUUCAUAACAAAAAAUGGAGGGGAAGGUGUUUUUGAGAAAAUAUUUGAUAUGGGUGAUAUUACUGUUGGGGCAGCUACAUGGAUACAAAAGCUGUGUUGAAAAGGAAAGGAAGGCUUUGUUGGAUCUCAAGCAAUACCUGAUCUCCGUUUCUGUAGAAGGACAAUCUGACUAUGUUCUCCCUACUUGGACAAAUGACACAAAGAGCCAUUGCUGCUGGUGGGAGGGUGUCAAGUGCAAUAGUACAAGCGGACGGGUGACCAAGAUUGCUUAUAGUGAUUUGCACCUCAAAGAGAGUUGUUUCUUUAAUCUUUCUUUGCUGCAUCCCUUUGAAGAUGUUCGUAGCCUGGACUUAUCCUUUAACUCCUUCAGUGGCUUGUUUGAUGACGUUGAAGGUUAUAAAAGCCUAGGGAGAUUAAGAAACCUGGAGAUUCUGGAUUUCAGUUUUAAUAGUUUCAACAACAGCAUCUUUCCCUUUCUUGAUGCCGCUACAUCACUUACAACUCUUUCUCUAAGUGGUAAUAGUUUCAACGGACAUUUUCCUGAUAAAGAACUUAAAGAUUUGACAAACUUGCAAGUGCUAGACCUGAGUGCAAACAGAUUUAAUGGCUCUCUAUCAGUACAAGUUUCACCUGCCUUGAGGAAGCUGAAAGCUCUGAAUCUAAGUGUUAAUGAAUUUUAUGCAUCAAUUGGAUUGCAAGGCAAGUCUAAACAUAUCAUAUGAUGUUGCAUUAAAACUGUGAUUUGUGAAAUGAAGAAUAUGCAAGAGCUUAAUCUUAGAGGAAACAAAUUGUUAGGUCAGUUUCCUUUAUGCUUAACUGUCUUGACUGGUCUUCAAUAUCUUGAUCUCUCAGCAAACCAAUUGACUGGGAGAGUGCCAUCUUCUCUCGGUAACCUUGGAUCCCUCAAGCACUUAUCGUUGUUAGAUAACAACUUUGAAGGUUUAUUCUCAUUUGGUUUGCUUGCAAACCUUUCAGAGCUGAGGGUUUUCAAAAUUGGUUCUAAAUCCAAAUCAUUCCAAGUAGACUCUAUAAGUUAUUGGAAGCCAAAUUUUCAACUGAGUGUUAUUGAACUACAAUCUUGCAACUUGUUUAAGGUUCCUAAUUUUCUCCUACACCAAAAGAAUUUGAGUAUCAUUGAUCUUUCUGACAAUAGAAUUUCUGGAGUUUUUCCUUAUUGGCUAUUGGCAAACAAUACGAAGCUCAAAGUUUUGUCUCUACAAAAUAAUUCUCUUACAAGCUUUCAGCUACCGGAAUCUGCACAUAAUCUGGGUUUCCUGGAUGUGUCAGCCAAUGACUUCAAUCAUCUGCUUCCUGAGGAUAUUGGGUGGGUACUUCCUCAUUUGAUGUAUAUAAAUCUAGCUAAUAACGGUUUUCAUGGAUAUCUUCCAUCUUCUUUGGGUAACAUGAAAGAGCUUUCUUAUCUGGAUCUAUCUCACAAUAGCUUCCAUGGGAAGCUGCCAAGAAGUUUUUUAAUGGGUUGUUACUCUAUUGGAAUCUUGACAUUGUCACAUAACAAACUAAGUGGAGAAGUGUUUCCAGAAGCAGUCAACUUCACUGCUGUACUGGAACUAUCUAUGGAUAACAAUCUGUUUUCAGGAAAGAUUGGUCAAGGUCUGCGGAACUUGAAAAGCUUGAACCUACUUGACAUUUCGAACAAUAAACUCACGGGCGUUAUUCCGAGCUGGAUUGGCGAAUUUACAUACUUGAAAACACUACUACUUUCAAAAUCCUCCUUGGAAGGUGAAAUACCUUUUUCGUUGUUCAGCUUAACUUAUCUUCAGCUGUUGGACCUUUCCUCAAAUACGUUAUCUGGUGGCAUACCUCCUCAGGUCAAUUCACAAAGGCCAGUAGUAUUACUCCUUCAAGAUAAUAAUCUAUCAGGGGUUAUUCCAGACACAUUGCUAAUGCAUGUAGCUAUACUUGAUCUGAGAUAUAACAGAUUGUCUGGGAAUAUUCCAGCUUUCACUGACACCCGAAACACUCAUACUCUUCUUCUUCGGGGGAAUAAUUUAACAGGCAAUAUUCCCCGCCAGUUGUGUGGCCUAAAAAACAUCCAACAUCUUGAUCUUGCCAACAACAGACUGAGCGGAUCCAUACCUUCAUGCCUCAGCAAUACAUCAUUUGAGUUGGGGAAAGAGGAUACCUAUUAUGGUACUUCCGUGCUUCAACGUUUCAUUUAUUUGUCGUAUCUGAAGACAAGCGACAAGUCAAGCGGCCAGAUUAAAAUUGCAUUUGCAACAAAACACCGAUACGAUACCUACUACCUACUUGGAAAUCUUAGAUUAUUGUAUGGAAUGGAUCUCUCAGAUAAUGAGUUGAGUGGUGAUAUCCCAACAGAGCUUGGAGGUCUUCUGGAACUACAAGCUCUUAAUAUCUCUCACAACAACUUAUCAGGAUCGAUACCAGAAAGCUUUUCAGGUUUGAAGAAUGUGGAAAGCCUUGACCUCUCCUUCAACAGGUUACACGGCCGGAUCCCACCACAACUAACGGAGCUGAGCAGCCUAUCUGUUUUCAGUGUCUCGUACAACAACUUAUCUGGAGUCAUUCCCCAAGGAAAACAGUUUAAUACCUUUGGUGCACAAAGCUACUUAGCAAAUUCUCUUCUCUGUGGAAAACCAACCAACACAAGCUGCAACAACAGUAGCUUUCAAGAACCAGAUAAUGGAGUGGAAGCUGAUGGGUCCACGAUCGACAUGGUAUCUUUCUACUGGAGUUUAGCCGCAGCUUAUGUGACUAUACUUAUUGGAUUAUUCACAUCUCUCUCUUUUGACUCUCCUUGGAGCAGAUUCUGGUUCUACCUCGUUGAUGCUUUCAUCCACAAGGCGAAGAGUUUGUUGUGGUAAAACUAUCGUUGGGGGUGCCAAAUCCAUUACUGUGCCCCCUCUUCUUCUCAAAACCUCCUGCUUUGUUUCACAUAAUAUAUGUACUGUUUCAGACUUUGAAUAAAUGUAAUGCCCAAACAUAUGUCUAAGAGCUUGUUUGGUGGUUUGUU